AUGAGUAGUGCAGCCUUCCAGCCUUCGCUCAUGAUGAUGCCGCGCCCUUUGGGAAGCAGCACCGCCGCCACCGCCGCCUUCAGCAUCGACUCGCUCAUCGGCAGCCCGCCCCAGCCCAGCCCGGGGCCCUUCCUCUACACCGGCUACCCCAUGUUCAUGCCCUACCGGCCGGUGGUCCUGCCUCCCCCGCCGCCCCCGCCGCCGCCUCCGCCUCCGCCGCCUCCCUCCCACGGGCACCACCCGCACCACCCGGCCGCCCUGCCCAGCCUCCCCGCCGGCUUCUGCUCCAGCCUGGCCCAGGGCAUGGCCCUCACCUCCACCCUCAUGGCCACCCUCCCGGGGGCCUUCUCCGCCGGAGCCCCCCAGCACCAGGAGGCCGGCGCCCUGGCCAGGAAGUUCGCCCCCACGCCCCAGGGACUCCUCCAAGCCGGGGACCAGGCCGAGGACCCCAAGGCCUUCCUGGCCAAGGACGCCGGCGCAGCCCUCCUGGCCUUCUCUGCCGCAGAAGCCCUCCAAGCCUCGCUCGUCGGCAGCCCCGGCAUCAAACGGUGUUUAAACAAAAAAAGCAUCACAGACGUAGCGGGUUUGGUGUGGGAUCCCUCCCGGAUGGUCCUGCAGAUCCUAGAAACAUAG